GACACAGAAAGAAAAAUUAAGAAUCCUUCCCCUGCAGGAGCACUAUACAGAGGGAGAAAAAGUUAAUCUAAGUAAGAAGCGAAUGUACUUCUUCAGGCACGAAAGGGCGCGGGUAGCCUCAGCUGAAGAGACCGAGUGGAGACACAAAUAGAGCAGAGGGGAGUAAAUAGGGAAGAGAUGAGAAAGAUACAACACAGGAGGUGACCAGGCAGAGAAAAGGAGCGCCAUGCUGCACCAAGCCAUCGCCGCGCAGGACCAUGACCUCUGCCUUCGCCUGCUGGAGGACGAGAGAAAUGUCAAUGUCCUGGACGAGAAGGAUGGGUCCUCGCCCCUGCAUGCCCUGGCCAGGAAGACAUGGGUGGACCGGUGUGGCGAGGUGGUGGUCCGCUUGCUGGAGAAGGGUGCCAAAGUGAACACCAAGGACCACGCCGAGCACACCCCGCUGCACAUCGCGGCGCGGGACGGCCGCCUUCAGCUAUGCCAGCUCCUCCUUGACAACCACCGAACCACAGGCCACCUCAUCUUGGAUGCGCGGCGGAAGAGCGACCAGAUGACUCCUCUGCACUACGCGGCCCGGGAGGGUUGGGACGCGGUGGUGGAGCUGCUGCUGAAGGAGGGAGCCAACCCCACGAUGCAGGACAAGACCAAAUGGCUGCCGUUGCACCACGCUGCCGCCAAGGGAUACAUGAAGUGUUGCCGCCUGCUUGCUUCCAGCUACACCCACCAUAGCAUCCCGGACGUGCCGCCGCCGUUGUUCCUGGCCGCUCAAAAAGGUCACUACAGGUGUUGCAAGGAGCUGCUUCCCGAUGAAGACAGUCUAGGGUAUUGCGACGUCGGCGGCAACACACUGCUCCACGUGGUGGCCAGGAAAGGUUUCAAUGUUUUGUUGGAGUUUCUUCUGGAUUCGGGUGCUUCGAUCGACGCGCGAAACAGAAGCGGCAACACGCCCCUCAUGGAAGCCGUGAGGAACAACAAGCUGGUGUGUGUGCGGAUGCUGGCAGAGAGAGGCGCCUCCUUAACAGAAAGAAAUAACGAAAACAGCACCGUCCUCCACCUCGCGGUGUCCAGCAGAGCCCACAAGUGCCUCGAAUAUUUACUGAGUUGUCAGAACGUGGAGCGUCUACUCAACGUUAGGGACAAUAGGAACCUUUCGGCGCUCAGCUGUGCUGCCAAGAUGGACGAUGCCAGCUUCAGUAUGCUGAUUCAGGCUGGCGCCUCGCCCACCUGUAGCCCCGGCGAGUCACUGUUGCACUUCCGGCUCGUAUACCGGCGACCCGGCAUGCUGCAGAUGAUGCUGGCCCACGAUGGCAUCGACGUCAGGUUCAGCGACGAUAAAGGCGUGACGCCGCUGCACAUCGCCGCCGAGGAGGGCUCCAAGGUAGCAUGCUGCCUCCUUUUGAAUCGCGGAGCAAGAAUCAACGCCCUCGACAAUCGCGGAAGGUCAUCCCUGUAUGUGGGAGCCGCCGCCGGCCACGCUGAGGUGGUGCGUUUCCUCGUAAACAGAAGUGCCGUGCUGCGGGCAAAGGAUUACAGCAAAAAGAAAACGGCCCUGCACGCUGCAGCAGCCGCAGGAAGUCGCGAAUGUUGCAAGAUACUACUCGAUGCCGACUCCGGCCUCGGGAACGAGCAAGACGAAGACAAAAGGUACGCCCUGGACCUGGCCAUCCAGGGCGACCAUCCUGAGACCGUCGAGCUGCUACUGGAGAACUUCAAGUCGCUGCCGGAAGACCUGGCGAGAAGACUUCACGAAUACAGCCAACGCAUCAUCAGCACGAAAAACAGGGUGCUUCUAGAAAAGAUCUUCAGGAGCAAGUGGUGGCAGACUGGGUGCGGACUGGACAGGACGGUGAAGGAGCCGCCGUCCCGUAACUUCCGGGAUAUCAUUCAGCCCUUCCCGGAUCUUGCCUGUGAAAUCAUGACGCGCUGCCGGAAAGGUGCCAUAAACAACUUCCAGCUCCUUGAAGACGCCACCUACCUACAGAACGGAGCCAGCCUGGAGGAACAUCCGGUAGGCGUGAUGGUGGGCUGCGAAAACCUGGAACUAUUGCAGCACCCACUGGUGGAGGCGUGGCUUCGUUAUAAAUGGAGCUCCUACGCCCGCUGGCUCUUCCUGUCGCUGCUGUUGCUGCGAGUGUUCCUCGUCUGGGCGCUAAUCCGCUUCCUGCUGUACAUCACAAACUGGAAGCAAAUAGAAAGACAAUACAACCUGACGAAAGAGGAGAUCUGCGGCAGCCUGAGCGGAGAUGGAGGAAUAGUGGAGGAGAGCAUACCGUCCUGGAGUCCCCCUGGAGCCUUCACCACCUUAGAAGUCCACCUCCAUCUAGCCGUGGCUCUGUUCCUGCAGGUGCUGGCGGAGGCGAUUUGUCUAAGGAAGGGAUGCGCCACGUGGAGAUGUUCCUGCUGCACCUGCCCAUUAUGGUUCUGUCCCUGGUGGCUCUGCUCCCCACCUCCACUUGUGACCUCACCUACGGCAUCAAAUCGGUGUACGCGUGGGAAUGUGGCAUUCUGGCCCUGCUCCUCGUGUGGCUCGAUCUCAUCCACAACAUCAACAAGCUGCCGCAGUUCGUCAUGUACUCGGCUAUCAACGUCAGGUUCUUCAAAAGCUAUGCCAAGGGCCUCAUGUAUCUGGGCAUGGUGGUGUUCGUGUUCUCCUUCGCCUUCCACCUACUGCUGAAGGAACAGAGGCCUUUCAGCUCCGUGCCGCUUUCCAUGGUGCAGGUGAUGGUGUGGAUGAUCGGUGACCUCAACUACGACGAUAACUUCCUCAACGCCAACUUGGACUACCCGCUGCUCUCCAUCAGUCUCUUCCUGCUGCUCGUCUGU